AUGCACAAGAUCGGCGAGCUGCCGCAGGGCGCACAGCGCGACGCGCUGCGGCGGCUGAUGCGGCAGGUGCGCGCCUCGCUGCAGCGGCAAGCCGAGCAGCUCAACGAGGAGACUGCGCACGUGCGGCAGCAGGCGGCGUGGGUGCGCGAGUGGGAGGCGUCGCUCGCGGAGCUGGACGGGUCGUACCGCCAGAUGCUCGAGCUCUCGCGGCCCGCCUCUGCCGGGCUCGGGGGCAAGUGGGGAGGCGGCGGCCGCCGGGAGGAGGAGCUGCACGAGGAGCUCGCCCGCAUCGCCGCAGAGCUGACGAGCCUCGUCGCCGCGCCAAACGCCCCCUCUGUUUUCGGUGGGCCGUUUGCGCCGCCCGCGCCGCUGCCGGCCCACCUAUCAAGCCAGCUCCUGCGCCAGCACCACGAGCAGCAUUUUGUCGACUUUGGCAGAGAGGGCCUGAGGCUGCCGGCGGCGCAGCCGCGGGCAGCAGUCAACACCGCCGGCGCCGCCGCGUGGCUCGGCCAGCGCGAGCGCGUUCAGUCGCUCAUGCAGUCGCACGCGCGCUGGCUGCGCAAGCUGCGCCACAGCAUUGCCCACGCCGAGUAG